AAUAUUUGCGCACCAACACCGGCUCCUGAUCGAUCGCAGCACUUUUUUUUCAGUUAGCGCUCGAUUCGUAUGUGGUACUGUUCUCACGUGCAUCUUUCGAUCUCGAUAUUGUAUUAUUGUAUCUCACCUAUUAACUGCAAAUAUCAACAAAGAUAAGGCACAGACGCACCUUAUCAAUAGGGGAAAUUAUUUGAGAUAUCAGUCGAAAGUACGUUUUAUUUAAGGUGUACAUUAAUUUCUAAGGACAAUGUCUGAAGUCGGAAAAUUGAAGAAGCCCCAAAUGAGGGGACUGUUGCAUGCGCAAAUCAAGAAAAACUUGACAUUGGCGUUCAUCUCGGUUGUUGCUGCCGGUUGUUACAUGAGAUUUGUCUACGGGGACGGCCAAAAGAAAGCUUACGCCGACUUUUAUAGAACGUAUGAUAUAGAAAAGGAAUUUGAGCGUCAAAGGAAACGUGGUGUUUUUGACUCAUGUGAUUCAAAUUAACAUCUAUAACAUGCACUUCUAUGUGAUUAAAUGUGCGCAUAUAGUAAAUGGACUACUAGUUAGUAAAUAAAUACGUUGUGUACACUUUACUUUUCUUACGCCUUAGUUCUGUAAUUUCAGGAUCAACUCUUGAUGUAAAUAGAGAAUAAAAAUAUAAAACGAG